CGGCAUUUUUAAUGUGUUUAGUUGAUAAACGUGUGUCGUGCGUGAUGCCCGUACUAAAACUCAGUGCACACGACGCUUAAACGGAUUCAGUCAAUUCAGUGAAAUAAUUACCGUAUAGUUUUAGUAUUCAAAAGUUUUUAACGCUCGCUGUAAACACUUGUGUGUGCAAUAAUAGACAGUUAUCUAUACAUAAAAAUAUCGAGGAGAAACUUCGAAACUUGUCCAGAUUUUUCAGAUCGACGGCAACAAUUGAUUCAAGAUAGGGCCAUUAACAGAUAUAAAAUGGCAAUUAAAUGGCAAGAAAACUCAAGGGGACAACAACAUUGCAAUACACGUCACUCCACCAGAUGGAGAAGAAGAUAAUGAAUUCGUACCACCGCUACGACCGCGACGCAAGCUCAGCACACCCCUAAGCGCCUUUCCGGGUGCCGACGGAUUUAAAAUGUCCGUUGAUGGCUUGCGACUAUCACCUACUCGCUCACUAUCACCAGUCGACCGCACUAAAAGAAGAUUUAGCACAAUGGUAUCCACUGCGGCUGCAGCUGCAGUGUCCAGACGGCUAUCGGCUACUAUAGGCUGGUGCCUGGCCAUUCCCACGCAAGUUAAGCCACAAAUUGUCAGACAAGGUCGUGCUCUGUGUUUGCAAUAUAUAAAAACACAAAUACGAAGAUCUAUGGCAUGCCCAAAGAAGCAAAUUGUGAUGAAGCGUUUACAGCAAAUGAUUGAAACCGAAUGUGGAGAAGAGGCUAUAAAUAAUACUGAGACUGGCGUAUUAGCGGCACUCCGAGCACUCUGCGCAGCUUUGGAAAGAAAAAGACCAGAUGCUUUUCGUCACGUAGCCAGACAAGCGACGAGGGCACCGUCAGCCAUGCUGCGGUCCGACACGGCCCUAGCUGAAUUGGCAUUAGCAUUAGCGAGGCGAAUAACCAGAGAAAAUAUCACAUGGUCCAAGAUCGCAGCCGUGUUCUGUAUUUGUGGCGCGUUGGCUCGCGAAGCCGCAGAGGCUUCAGACGAUGAGCCUGCGCUGGAGCUCGUGGCGGCGCCGGCUGCUGCUAUCGCUGAUCUCUUGCACGACGAGCCCGGAUCGUGGGUGGCUAAUCAUGGAGGAUGGAAUGGGCUCAUUGAAAGACUUCGGGUGAGUGAGCGAGACCAAAGAUCGGAGAAAAACUUGCGUGUAAUGGUGUCUUUUUUCAUAAUAGCUUGUGUGACACUUUUCUUAUUGCGUUUUCUAUGCAUAUAUGAUAAUGUAUGAUGUGAACUAAAUUAAUAGAAAUUAUUUUGUAAAAAAAUAUUUCACUUCAAUAAUAUGUUGUACUGAGUUCCUAAUAAAAACAGCUUUAUUAUAUAACGUAAUAUGUCUAUAAUGCAUCAUCUGUAAAUUUGCUAUUAUAUGUUAAAUAAGUAUAUACACCACCCAUUCUUCUGAGAGCUAUAGGUACAACGUGGCAAACUUCGUGCCCUUGUACUAUCACCAUCAAAUGUUUAAUUAAUCAAUAAGGUUAUAUUUAGAGAUACGGAGCACAUGGGUAGGUACACCCUUCGCUCAAUGGGGCGCGAAAAUUAUAUAUAUA